AUGGUGUACAAUUCGUUAACCGAGGCGCCACGCAACCUCAAGGAGAGUUUUGAUUGGCUGAUUGCCGUGAAGGGAACUGAUGCUGAAAAGAACGUGAAGGCUUUGGGCGCGGCUAUCCACAAGUUCCUCGCAGACAAGCCUGUUGGUGUAACGCGUAUACCAUCUCUGGAGAAAGUUAAACGCCUAUCUAGGGAUUUCAUGCAGAAAGCAGAACUUAAGAACAUGCCGAUGGUGAAGGAAAUGCUGGUUAGCUUCAAUGCGCCUGUUGCUAAACAUGCUAGCUCUGCGAGGCACUUGUUAGGUGAAUACUCGAGUGAUUAUAAGAACGUUAUUCAAGAAAGGCGUCUGAGACCUGGAAACAUUUCGGACAGCGUCGCUCGUAUUGUGGGUAGUUGUGACAUAUUUGUCGAAGGUGUCAAAACCCCUGGCCAAUACGAGUCUGCUUACAGCUCAGAAGCGACGUGGGAUGCAUCAUGCGCUAAAAAUCCGGAGGCGUGCGCAAUUGUUUUCGUGGGUAUUGCGCCGAUGUUGUACGCGGGCAUAGAUAGUUUGUGGAUGGCAAGUGACCCAGACACCUUUUUGGGUCAAACGCCUGCUGGAGCUAAGAGUAUGGUGAAUGUAAUGAAGGCGUUGGGUUUCACAGAGCAGGAAUGCAGCGGUGUCAUGAGUUUUGCAAAGGUACGUCCGGCGUUGCGCGUUUUGAAUAGGGAUAUAAUGGAACAAAUCUACGACCUCGCCGGAUUUUGGGCUUUCUACUGA